GUCUAAUGCUCGCAAGCAGGAUAUUUAACUAGGCCUCUAAAAAUAAGAUGCAUUUCUUGCGGAAAACAGGGGCCCUGCUUUGUGUUGGCAUCUACCGGCAAAAUGUGAAAUCUAACCAAAUAAAGUGCGGCGCUCGUAAGGGUGUCUGGCUGCGAUAAGUCAGUGUUAAUUCAUUAUACAUUUUAGACAGUUUCAGCUCUUCGUCAAGGAGGUAGAUAUGCACGGCUGAUCAGCAGCAAUUAUAUGAACAUUAUAAAUGGUUUGCAAUUUUGCCGAAUUACGAAACGGAAAUUUGGAAGAUCCUAAAAUACAACUCGGCAUUCUGAACUGUUACGGACAUUUUUAGAUUCUUGCAAACCGCUUUUUGACAUUUAAAGCAUUUCAAUAUUCAGUGUAAAUGACGUGUUGUCAUAAUAGCGUGUAUUUGGCCGACUUUUAUUGUAUUGAGGAUGGUUUACCGAAACCAUGAAGAUGUCAUAAGUGUAGAUCUGUUUGCAUAUCCACGACAUGGUAAAGUCAGAACUGUUGCAAUUUUGCACGCAGAAGAAGAAAUGGUGCAUAUUACUUCAAAUGGGGGGAUAUCCAGUAAUUCACAAUACAAUGUUGUGUGUGCUUUUUUUAAGUACGUAAAACAAGUUUUUUUGGCCGCAAGUAGCUUCAGUGGAACUCGUAUGGUCUUAGUUGAAAAAACAAGUGUCAUGUGUUAAAGUUGCACUGUUAAGGACAUUUUUUUUUAAUAUAACCCAACCCCGUGGUGGUUCCAAAUAACACACCCAACCCUUCCUCUCCAUGUAUGAAUUCCCGACAGCAGCUGUUAGUUUAUUUGCUGCCGUGAAGUAUGAUAAUCCUGUAUUGCUUAGGAGAAGAUUUGUUAGAUUGCUUUAUCAGACCUGAAAAAAACUGCUGAUGUGUGGAAGCUUUUUUGGAUCAUGCUGGGAUGACAUUUCACUAUUAAUUAUUUACCUGCUUUGAUAUAAAUAACCACCUUUCCGCAAUUGGGAGACUUUGAGAAGAUCUGGCGGGAGCAUUGUGAGGAUGAGGAGAUGCUCAGUGAGUACGCCGUGGCGAUGAAGAACCUGGCCGACAACCACUGGGCGCGGAGCUGCGAAGGCGAAGGCCGCAUCGAGUGGUGCCGCAGCGUCUGUCAGGAGUAUUUCCAAGAUGGUGGCAUGAAGAAGGCUCUGGAUAAGGAUGCGAGGAGUGCCCGACAUGCACUGGGUCUCACAGCUUCAAGUCUGGCUCGUCAGGACAGCGCCCCCUGCAGGUUGGACCAGCAGUCGGGGAAGAUCCGCUUGCUGGACGUGGGAAGUUGCUUCAACCCAUUCCUGAAGUUUGACGAGUUCCUCACCGUUGGCAUCGACAUCGUGCCGGCAGUGGAAAGCGUGCACAAAUGCGACUUCCUGAAUAUGCAGCUGCAGCCGCCCCUGCAGCUGGCACCAGACGCAGUGGAUGCCUUUCUGCAGCAGCUGCGCAGCCCCAUCGACGCGCUGCCUGCGCAGCUGUUCCACGUGGUGGUCUUCUCGCUGUUGCUGUCCUACUUCCCGUCGCCCUACCAGCGAUGGAUCUGCUGCAAGAAGGCCCACGAGCUGCUGGCUCUGCACGGGCUGCUGCUGGUGAUCACACCAGACUCCUCGCAGCCCAACCGGCAUGCGCUCAUGAUGCGCAGCUGGCGCGUGGCCGUCGAGUCGCUGGGCUUCAAGCGCUGCAAGUACGUCAAGUUCUCGCACAUGCACCUGAUGGCCUUCCGCAAGGUGUCGGCCGAGACCACCAGCGAUCUGGUCAGCCAGAACUACCCCGAGAUGCUGUACAUCCCCCAGGACUUCAACAACGCCGAGGAGGAGGAGGGCGGCUUCUCGGACAUGCCCACGCCCGGCCGCUCCGACUUCGAGGACGACCAGUUGGCGCGUGGUUUUCAUGAGCUCCCCGACGCGCCCUAUGACUCAGACUCUGGGGAGAGCCAGACAAGCUCCGCCCCCUUCCACGAGCUGGACGACCCCAUCCUUCUGCACAGUUAGGGCCCUGCGAGGGGCUGGGGGCAUACCUCAGCCACUCGUAGCCGGCCGCUUUGCCAAAUUAACCUGCUGCGUGUCCCACAUUCUGUCUUUUAGAAAGUGAUGCAGAUUGUACCAAGAGAUGUUUACAGGAGUGGCUUAAUCAUCCCCCUCUUCUUCCUGCAGACUCAAAUAAACAUACAAGCAGAUGGAUAAAAGUGCUUUUUAAAAGGAAGGUGGAUUGCUUUACAUCUAUGUAAUUAGUCCGCUCCCCUGUGUUACUAUCUUCCUUUCAAUUUCAGGAAGAAAAAGAGAAAAAGCCUUGUAUGAACUUUGCGAAAGUUAGUGAUGUGGAAAAUGUACGUGUGACCUGGAUUGCUGACGGGUGUCUGCUGCCUAAAAGCCAAAAAACUAAAGCCACCCCCCCCCCCACACACCUUUUUCUCAUGAGCCCCCAAGGCGGGGAUCUGACGUAGGAAGGCAGCAGUGACCCAGGGAGGGGUGGUCCCCCACUCCUCAGCGAAGUCGCGCUUGUUGCCUCUCGCUCUGUUGAAUUUUUCUUCACAGACGCCGUCGGGCUGUUCGCUUCUGAACAAAAUGGUGUUGGCCGUUUUAUAGGCGACAAUACCCUUUUUUAAAAAAUGUGAUACCUUUUAGCCGCAGGACAGUUUUCAGAAACGGUGAUUUUGUUUUUUGUUGUUUCUUUAAUGAUUUGGACUUUUUUUCCGUAGUGACUUGGCAAGGCACAGAAGAAUCGAAGCAUUCCAAUUUUGAUCAACUGCUUUUUUUCCAGGCUGUUUCACUGGAUGAAUCAAAUGUGUAGCUUUAGGUAACAAAGAAAUCUUUAAAAUGAAGUUAGCUAUUAACUAUGAUCAUUUCUUGACGUCUUUUGCCUGUUUUUCGAAAGAGUCAUAUCAGUUUGUCAUAUCUCAGAAUACUGUAGCUCUUGACUGUAGUGUAGUGAUGGUAUCCAUAUCAACAUUCAAUGCUUUUUUUCUUGCCUCGACGGCAUUUGAAAAUCUUUAACUGCAUUUUCAUGCAAGAUGACUUAUCAACCAAAAUGUUUAUUUCCCCCCCCCCCAACCUGAAUGCUUUUCUGCGGACGGCGCUGUGUCAUGGCGUCAGUGUCUCGUACUUCUUUGAAAUACUUUUUACCUCAGUGAGGUUUUGCACUAAUACUCAGUCUGGUCUCAGUGAUAGCUAAUUUUGUUUUGAAGUGCAUUUCAGCGAAAGCUUGUUGUUAAAGAAGUACAGUACUGCGAAGUUGUAGGUUAGUUUUGUUCUUAAUGACACUAGCUAAGUUGUUGUUAACGUGUUUUGCACUUGUUCCGAUAUUACCACAGAACUCUGAAGCUUUGUGUGCGUGUGUGAACUGGUCUGUGAUAUUUAGCCUUCUCCCCCCCCCUUUGUAGGGAUUGAAAAAUAUGACACGAGUGUAAUAAGAGGAAAUGGCCUGAUGUGAUCGGAAAAGUCACUUGUGACGGUUGCCUAAGAUUUGACGUUAACGAUCAGGCCAUUCUGUAACGUGCCUUUCAAGCCUGCAGUGUUUCUCUGGAUUAAUCCGAGUUUCCCCUGUAUGGUUUCUGGUGGUCUUCUCGAACCGGACAGUUUACUCACGCAAAUGUAACCAUUUAAGUGAUUUCUUUCAUCUGGGGCCCAUCUGUUGGACUUUGGGUCACUUGUGGAUGGAUGUUGUCUUUUUGAGUGAUGAGGACAUUUCACGAUGUAAUGCCUUCUGUUUCCUGGGGGUGGGGCCGUCUAGACUGGGAGUGGUUUUAUAGCGAUGCUCGCGGAAGGGUUUCAUUCACACAUUACUUUGUAUUAAGGUUCCUGUUUGGUUUCACUAUGUGCAUGAACUCCAUGCGUAAGAGACUGUGAUUACCGCAGGGCACUGAUGUGCUUGUAGUAUUCAGUGUUUCUUCUUUUUAUAAAUGACUGUGAAUGCA